CCAUUAGGCAGAAGCUGGUGGCCGCUUAGCAACCCCGCAGGUCAAGUGACACACCAGCUGACCGGGAGCGGAAGAGCCGGUGCCCGAGCUCGUACGUACUUCUACCCGGCGGGGACCUUCGUCAGGAUGUCGGCCAAAGACCGCAUCGAGAUCUUUCCGUCGAGAAUGGCACAGACCAUCAUGAAGGCUCGAUUGAAAGGUGCACAGACAGGUCGAAACCUCCUGAAGAAAAAAUCUGACGCCUUAACUCUCCGAUUUCGACAGAUCUUAAAGAAGAUAAUUGAGACUAAGGUGUUGAUGGGCGAAGUAAUGAGAGAAGCAGCAUUUUCUCUUGCUGAAGCCAAGUUUACAGCCGGGGACUUCAGCACCACUGUUAUUCAAAACGUCAAUAAAGCCCAGGUGAAGAUUCGAGCGAAGAAGGAUAAUGUAGCAGGUGUUACUUUGCCCAUAUUUGAACAUUAUCAUGAAGGAACUGACAGCUACGAACUGACUGGUUUAGCCAGAGGUGGGGAGCAGCUGGCAAAAUUAAAAAGAAACUAUGCCAAAGCAGUGGAACUACUGGUAGAACUAGCUUCCCUGCAGACGUCUUUUGUUACUCUGGAUGAAGCUAUUAAGAUCACCAACCGGCGUGUAAAUGCCAUCGAACACGUUGUCAUUCCUCGGAUUGAACGUACCCUUGCUUAUAUCAUCACAGAGCUGGAUGAGAGAGAACGAGAAGAAUUCUAUAGAUUAAAGAAAAUACAGGAGAAGAAGAAGGCUCUUAAGGAAAAAACGGAGAAGGAUUUGGAGCAGCGAAGGGCAGCUGGAGAGGUCAUGGUGGAGCCUGCGAAUCUUCUGGUGGAGGAGAAGGAUGAGGACCUUCUCUUUGAAUAAUCGUUCCUGUUCUGAUUCUUUCAGAGAUCCUAACAUGGCACCAUUGAAAUCUAUGGUGUAUAUGUUUGGUAUGCAUGGUUAUUCAUGGUGGGCCAAAGAAAAAAAUUCGUUGGUUGUAAAAUUCUCCUGGAUAUUCAUUUCUGUGGAGCCAGUUCAACAACCACUUAUCCCAGUGGGAUUUGUAGAAAUGGCAGAGGAAUUUGUAGACGUGUCUGCACUUACUCUGUGCUGUGUCU